AUGCCCUCGCCGCAACUUUGGCAAGAUUGCCCGGACAUCCAACAUGACUUGGAUUCAGAGACGGAGGAUGUCCCUGCCAGCAAAGUUACCAGCUUUGAUGGCAAGCUGAACCAAUAUAUACACUUAGGCAAUGCUUCCACUCAGCCAACAACCAGUCCCACCAGUCUCAAGCGCCGGAGAACCGACACAACCACGUUGACAGCAGUCUCAACCACCACGUCUGAGACCCUCCCACCUCGUAUAACGCGCUCACGCUCCUCAUCCACCAUCUCCCAAACCUCAGUGACAACGCCUCCCUCGAAGAAGCCCCGUCGCCGUAUCCGCUCCCGAACAACUCACCACUCGACCGCCACUGACUCCCUCCUCCGUGAUACGAUCCCAGCAAACCUACUCCUCCUCCUCGUAGGCCUGAACCCAGGCAUCAUGACCGGCCAAACGGGAUACGCCUACGCACACCCAUCGAACUACUUCUGGAAAUUCCUCCAUUCCUCUGGGAUCACGUCCAUCCGUCACCCGCCCUCAGACACAUACAAAUUACCCGAGCUCUACAGAGUGGGCAAUACAAACAUUGUGGAACGACCCACCCGCGACGCAAGCAUGCUGAAAAAAGCCGAGAUGGAUGCUGGGGUGCCCAUCCUCGAAGCUAAAAUCGCGGCUCAACGACCUGAGGCGGUUUGUCUGGUCGGGAAGAGUAUAUGGGAGGCUGUCUGGCGAGUGCGGCAUGGACGAGCGAUCCGCAAAGAAGAAUUUCGGUACGGAUGGCAGGAUGAGGAGGAGAAUAUGGGUCGGGUUGCUGGGUGUCCGGAGUGGAAGGGUGCGCCGGUAUUUGUUGCAACGACGACUAGUGCGCUUGCGGCUUCCAUGAGUUUCGCGGAGAAGGAGGCUAUUUGGGCGGAUUUGGGCAGAUGGGUUGUUCAGCGACGGCAAGAGAAUAAUGGGUGCAUUGCUGAAGCUGAUUGA